AUGACACUUGCCAAGCCUCUUGCUGGAGGCUUACCUAUCGGUGCUGUUCUGGUCACCGAACAAGUUGCUUCUGCCAUAAGCUUCGGUGACCAUGGAAGCACUUUUUCCGGCAGCCCCCUUGUCUGCAACGCUGCUCUUGCUGUCCUUGAAAAAUUCUUAGAACCCAACUUCUUGGCUAGCGCCGCCAAGAAGGGCCAACACUUGAAGCAAAUUUUAACCCAAAAGUUGGGACAUAACCCACAUGUGAAAGAAGUACGUGGGCUUGGGCUCAUUGUUGGGAUUGAGCUUGACGUCCAAGCCUCGCCGCUGGUGGAUGCCUGUCGAGAAGCCGGCUUCCUGGUGCUCACCACUGGAAAGGGGAAUGUUGUGAGGCUGGUGCCUCCAUUGAUCAUAACAGAGGAGGAGUUGGAGUUGGCAGCUGAGGUUCUUUCCGGGUCUCUUCCAACACUUGAUGGGAGCAAUUCAAAGUAGAAGAAAGAGCAUUGCUACCUUCAGUCCAAGGUUAGGCUUAGUUGUUCUUAAUUUUGGGACA